GGGCAGUCCGAGUGUGCUGGAGAAGCUGAGGCGAGCCAAGGCGCAGCUGAUGCAGCUGCAGCAGAGCUACCUGAAGGACCCGCCACCACACUCCACCGUCUCGUACUCCUCAGAAACUCCAAUCAGCUCGAAAGGAGCAGGAUUUGGCCAGGUUGGCUCUCAGGUGAAAACUCAGGUGGGAACAACAGCAGCAGGAGGGGACACAGGGGAAUCAGGAAGAAGAACAGCAGCGGAAGCUGUUGAGGAAGCAGUGGCGGAAGCAGCAGCAGCUGCAGCAUUAGGACCAUCCAGAGGUAUAGGGGCAGGAGCAGGAGCAGGAGCGGGAGCAGGGGGGGGAGCAGGAGCACGAGUGGGAGUAGGGACACCCGCCCUUCCCAGCCUAGGCUCUGAGUCCCCAGCCUCCUCCCCCCACAUCGUCUCCCUCCCCUCCUCCGCCUACUCCCACGCCUCCACUGCCCCUUCCCCCGGCGUCAUCACCCCGCUCUCUCUCGACCGCACCCCCAGCAGCAGCGCCCAGAGCAUAAGAUCCGAGCCUGACCCGCUGCUGCUCGGGCCCACGCCUGCGCGAACCGACGUGGCUCGGUACGAGAAGGCUCGGAAGGGCCUGCCGAGCCUGGACGAGGAGGCGCCGAUUGGUGGGUGGAGCUCGGAUGAAGGUGGGGGGUUAGGCUUGGGAAGACAGGCAGGGAGAGUGGCAGAGGCAGGAGCAAGGGAUCAGGCAAGGGAGGGAGAAGAAGCAGGGGCGAGUGUGGGAGAAGGGGAGGCAGAAGGGAGGAUAAGACAUUCUGGGAGGGAGGGAAGAGAGGAAGAGGGAGUUGGAAGCUCGAGAGCAGGUUCGGGAGUGAGGGGUGGAUGGAGCAGAGGUUCGGCAGGUGUGGGGAGGGCCGGAGAGUCCCUUGGAGAUAAAGCAGAAGCAGCAGCGGAUGGUGCAAGGGUAGGAGCAGCAGGAGCAGCGGGAGCAGCAGGAGGAGGAAAGGCAGGAGGUGAUGGGGACAUGGAUGCGACAGCAGGUGCCCAGCCAAUGUCAUGGAAGUCAGGAGCCAAUCAGGGCAUGACACUUCAGCAACGCAUGCGAGCGAGGAGGGAGGGAGCACAGGGAGGAGGGGCAGGAGGGAGGAGAAGGCAGUGGGUGAGGUGAAGGGUGGGGAGAGGUGCUGUGGCUGGGCGAGGUCAGAAUGAGGCAUGGUAGUGUGUUAAGGUAGGUGGAGAGGAGACAUAGGGUGGGUGAAAUAGUAGUUUGGGUCGGAGGCAUUGGGAUGGAAGGAAUGGUGCAGAGGGUUAGAAAACGUUUUACUACAUCCUUGUGAGAAGGGCAAAAUAUUGCCGCGGUGGGGGGAAGCAAUUUUCCUCCGAAUGAACCUUGAUUUUGCACGAGGUAGGUUGAUUAGAGAGGGAUGAUGACAAUUUUAGGGCAUUCCUCAUGCCCUAGUCAAUAGCAUGUUUUGCGUGAAAAGGCUUGCCAACUUACCAUUUUACUACGGU